AUGCCGAAAAACUGUUGUAUUGUUGGUUGUACCAACAACAGCGUAAAAAGGAGAAAGAAGAACAACAACCCCGCACACCCAGAUUACACUCCGUCCAUUUUCCCGCAAGCAGUGCUGAAGGAAUUGACUAAGAGUACCACACUUGAUCGCUUCAAGAGAGCACAGAAAAGAAAAGCACCAUCCACUACUCUAGUAUCACGAAAGGAAAGGAAGGUGCAAGAACAAGAGGAAUGA